AUGGCGAGUUUCGAGGGAUUCGAACCCGUAUUCGGAGAAGUCAUACCCGAACACUCGGAUCCGAAUCCGAAUCCGGGCCUUCUCCGGCGGUGUCUCUUCCACGUCUACGGUUCCGAUUCGUUUCACCUCACAAUCCAUGUCACAGACUUCAUCACAGGCGCUUGGGAGACGAUCCUCUCCGUCUCGCAGCUAGACGAUAUGAGAGACACUGUGGGCAUUGGUGGUUCUUGGUCCGAGUUUCUUGAUUACACUGUCGCUUCGUUGAAGUCCGAAAACGUGAAGUUAACUAUUGGCUCGUGCUUUAUACGUAGUUAUGUUUGUGUUUCAUCACAUGUAGAGAGUGCGAGGUUAGUAUCUCAGAAGGCUAAAGGAAUGCCACGUGUAGUAGUUACUCUAAGGAAGAUGGUUGAUGAAUCAUCUGCUAGUGAGGCAAUGGCGAAUCUGUCUCUCGAGUUGUUCAGAGCAUUCAAGAGAACGAUGCAUUUACAAGUUGAAAAAUUUUACAUGUACUGUGAUCAGGAUAAGAGGGACGCUGCCCAUAACCAACUUGAACGAUACUCUGGAAAACUAGAUGUUAUGGCUCCAUCAAUAGAUAACCGGCAAGACUCUCCCGCCAAGCAAUCUGCUCGAGAAGCUAAUACAAUAAAGCCUUCUAAACGAGUACCUGCUCACCGGAGAACACGUAAACGAGGUGCUCUUCUGCAAGACUCAGAUGAAGAGGAUGGCUAA